AUGUACUUCUUCCUGAGUAACCUCUCCAUUAUCGACAUCUUGUACUCGUCUUCCAUCGUUCCCAAACUUCUCAUAAACACUCUGGCCAGAGAUAAAAGUAUCUCCUUGUUGGGAUGUGCAUUACAGAUGUUCUUCGCUAUAGCUUUAGGGGCAACGGAAUGUAUUAUACUAGCCGUCAUGGCAUAUGACAGGUAUGUUGCCAUCUGUAGACCAUUGCACUACAACACCAUCAUGAACAAGACAUUGUGUGCCAGUUUAGCAGCAGGAUCAUGGGGAAUUUGCCUCCUAAACUCUGGUGUGCAUGUUGUCCUCACCUUCCAACUCCCCUAUUGCAAGUCCCACCACGUCAACCACUUCUUCUGUGAGAUGCCGCCUUUUUUUCGAAUGUCUUGCCGAGAUACUCGUUUCAAUGAGAUGCUGAUGUACAGUUGCAAGAGUAUCUUAGUCAUGUGCUCUUUCUGCUUGACUCUAAUUUCAUACAUCCAUAUCAUCUCCACCAUCUUGAAGAUCCAUUCCUCCGAUGGAAGACAAAAAGCUUUCUCCACAUGUGCCUCUCACCUGACCGUGGUGAGUCUCUACUAUGGGACCAUCAUGUUUAUGUAUAUGAGACCCCGUUCUACUUAUUCUGCAGAAAUUGACAAAACUGCAGAAAUAGACAAAACUGUGUCCAUUUUCUAUACGGCAGUGACACCGAUGUUGAACCCCAUCAUCUAUAGCAUAAGGAACAAGGAUGUCAAAGACACAGUAAAAAGAAAAAUAAACAAGAAAUAA